AGGUUAACGUCACUUCCGCCCCGUUUCUGGGUGGUGCCAAGAUGGAUGCUCUACGGGCUCGGGAGCAGCUGCGGCGGCGGUACUUGUUCCCGCCGGACGCGGAGGUCCCACUGGAACACGAAGGCUACCGCAGGCCGGAAACCUCUACAGCUGUUGAGAAAAAGGAGAAACCUCUUCCAAGACUUAAUAUCCAUUCUGGGUUCUGGAUUUUGGCAUCCAUUGUUGUUACCUAUUAUGUUGACUUCUUUCAAACUGUUAAAGAAAACUUCAACACCAGUAGUUGGUUUCUCUUCGGCAGUGCCUUGCUGCUCGUCAGCGUGUCGAUUGCGUUUUUCUGCAUCGUCUAUCUGGAGUGGUAUCGUGGAAUUGAAGAUUAUGAUAUCAAGUAUCCAGCACUGAUACCCAUUACAACUGCUACUUUUAUUGUAGCAGGAAUUUGCUUCAAUGUCGCUUUAUGGCACGUGUGGUCAUUUUUCACUCCACUGCUGCUGUUUACCCAGUUUAUGGGGGUUGUAAUGUUGACCUCACUCCUUGGAUGACUUCUAAAGGGGGAAGGGCGUGUUAGUGAUUAACAUCCUGCUAGCUGAAGGCACUACAGACACAAUGGUGAAGCUACAGUGUGUUUUUGCAUCUACAAAGUGAAUGGUUUCCUUGGAAGAAUUUUAACUUUAUAACUUUAUAGCUGAAAUCAGAAUAAAUUAUAUUUCAUUUGCAUAUUUCUAAACUCAAGUGAUUAGCGAAUUUUUCAGACUCAAAGUAUUCUAUUCAAGACAGGAAUAAUUUAAUUUGCAAUGUUAAUCUGUUUGGAUCAUUGGAGAAACUGUUGGUGUAAAAAUUUAAACAAAUUUUCAUAGAGAUGCAUACUGUACUCCAGUAUUAUAGAGCAUUUAAGGGCAACAAUUCAUUGUAUGAAGUGACUGGCUGUGUAUUUAAAGGUGUGAUAGUGUCAUGUGCCUUUAAUCCAACUUCAGCAAUUCCUAUAAAAUUUCAUUUUGAUAAUAGUUUUGUUAAGGGGAGGACCAAUCGAAAGGAUUUGUGUUUUCCCAACUUGGGAUUUUAUCACUGUGUAAAUUAUUGGGUUUUUAGUGUUUGUUUAACAUAGGAACUUUUAAUCAUUUUAAGUAUGUGUAAUUUUUUUCUUAAUAUUUAAAUAAAAUAUUUUUAUAGCUUU